AAAGCGAACGAACGAAGAACAUCAAAUUACUUGUUUAUUACGCAUAUUUUGUAAAAAAAUUUCCCCUCAUUUGAGUUUUUGCCAAUAUAUGAGAAGGAUUAUUUUGUAUAUUUGAGGAAAAUAAAGAGUAUGUGGAUAUGUGGAGUUAAGAAUUUGAGAUCACUUGAGCAGAACAGACAACAAUAUAACAUACAACAGACAAUCGUAUGAGAUGAUCGAAUCGAAGGGAAUCUAUCAAACAUGUGCUGAUCUACUCCCUCUCUCUCUCUGUACUCACGGGAAUGUCUAGCAUUGUAAUAACUAAUAAUAACUGACUGAUGAGUACUGCUCAUCUGUUCUCUUUUGGAUUAUUUCUCUGUUGUCACGCGAAAUGAAGAUCAUAUUAUUUUCAUUAUUAUCAUUUACCUGUUGAUGUUGAUAAAUGUGUCAAGAAGGUGGUUGCUGCAAAUGUAUAAAUCACUGACAAUAUUUAUAUGUUGCUUAUUCGAUUAUUACCAUUAUUAUUAUUACUAUCAUCAAUAAUAGAUGGUCAGAUCAUAAUUUCAAUUUGUUUAUUAGAUGUACAAAAUUCACUCUGUCAACAAAUGGAUUGGAAUCACGGUAGUCAUUUAAAUCCCACACAUUCAUCAUUAUCCCUGCAAUUAGAAAAUGGAUCUUUUUUAGUCAGUGAUACGUACACAGACAAUAUACAACUGGAUGAUUUGGCUGCACCGAAUCAUGGUUGCUUAUGUUUCAAACUACCUCCAAUUCGAUUGAAAUCAAGACGCCUGCAUCAUUUUUAUAAAGAAAGCCAAUCAAGUGAAACACUAGAACCUGUAUUUUCUGGGAAUAUACUAAGUGACAAUCAGAAUACACUGACAUCAAAGCAUACACGGAAUCCAAGGAAAGGUCACCGCCAUGACCACCACCAACAACAGAAGCAUAAAAUUGCUGUUUCCUGCCUUCCAAGUGAAUUGUCAAGUGAUCAACUGACACAACAAUUACGUCAAGAAAACUCAACGAAUAAAAAUAGUAUCUCUUCUAUUAAAUUAGAAGUCCCUGUACUACCGUUUACUGCCAAUCAACCGGGACAAGAUGAUACUGAGAUGAAACAAAAUUCCCAGACUACACCGAAUAAAGUCCAAGUGGCUAUGAAACGUUUGUAUAAACAACACAAUUGGAAAUGUAUACCAACAAGGAAACAGAAUACAGGUCAAUUAAAGCAUUUAAUAUGGCAAAUUAUGUGGUGUUUUUUCACCACAAUACUGGUUAGUGUAUCCUUUGUCAGUUUCAUACAUUGUAUACCAAAUAUAUACGUUUCUAGUCAUUGGAAUAGCUCUAACUUUCAGGAACUUGUAAAUCCUCCAUCAUUGGCUUCCUAUUCUAUAUCAUUUUGGUUAAUUCUUAUUUAUCCUGUACACCUCAUUUUUACUUUGUUAUUUCGUUUGGAGACAACCAAUCUCAAUGAAAUGAUCAUGCAUCAUGCUUUAACUGUAGCAAGUGAUCAACCAAAACUUAUGAAAGUUAUAGCAAGGUGUAGCCUUUUAUCAAGUCUUUGGCAAAUAUUUAUACACUGUUAUAUACGCAGUUUACGGAUAGUAGCACCUGUUGAUUGUGCUGCUAUUACAGCUGUACUACCUUGUUUUAUUUACUUAUUAUCAUGGAUUAUUGUACAUAGACGAUUUUGUGCUUUACGAGUGAUUGCAUUUAUCAUGGCUUCCAGUGGUGUAAUCCUUAAUAUAUACAGUGAUCAAAUAGUUAUGUGGUACAAAUGUUUAACAAGUCUGGCGAUAAUCACCUUUUCACUAUUUACAGUUAUUCUGAAACGGAUCAGUAAUAAACCGUCUUUUGGACAAAUGGCGUGUUUUUACUUUGCUUUGGGUUUAUUCAAUAUUUUGGUUACUUGGCCAAUUUUUGUAUUCACUUCAAUCUUGACUUCAACAGAAAUAAUCACCUGGAAAUAUUUACCAUGGGAGUAUUUCAUUGGCAUUGGAGUUUCAUAUUUAAGUAUUACAAUUUCUAUAGAUCUGAGUAGUCGUAAAUCAAAGCGAGUGAUACGGGCUAUUCAACCGCUUUGUGCAUUAUCAAUUUGUAUCGCUUAUGAAUUAUUUUGGACACAUCAAAAAUUUAUCAUGUCCUCUGUGCAAAUUUCAAGUUUAGUACUCAUUACUAUUGCUUGCCUAUUGAAUGCUUUUCCAACGAGUUGGCAAAAGCAUAUUGCAAAACUUCUUAGAAAGAAUCGUUCCCCAAAAUCUCAACCAACCACCAGUAAACGUUCAAUAACUUUAGCCCAACGAAGUAAAACCUCUGUGGUAAUGCAAUCCACUGGAAGUACACCAGUAUCCAGCAUACAACGAACAUCUUUAGUUACACCAAGCUCUACAACAAUGCAAACUGGUGUUCAUAACACUGUCGUAUCGACUACAAGUAUACGACCGUUAAGUGCUGAAUCAAUUCAACGUGGAAGUAUUAUUCAUCUGAUAAAAGGAAAAAGUUGAUGUAAAUUAUUGCUGAAUUUAUGAAAUAACUGCCCCUCCCCCCCGCAGCUACAUUAAUGUGCUAAAACAGCGAUAGAAAGAUUUCCCUCAACCCUGUAUUUUUCUUUUCAAGAUAUCAAGGUUUAUAUCAAUCACAAAGAAGCAAAGCUCUAGGAAGGAACAUCGAUCUGUUAAUGGAGAAGGAGUAUUACUGGUUUAUUUGUUUUGUACGCGAAGUUUUGUCUUAUUGAAUAUAAAUAUAUAU